UCGGUACGCGCAGGGCGGCCGGAGCAGCAUGGCGGAAGACGAGAGCGAUCAGGAGUCGGAGCGGCUCAGUGAGGAGCUGGAGGCGCUGGUGGCGCCGGGCCCCACGCCCGGCCUGCCCGCCCUGAUCAACAGCCAGUAUUACUGCCGCCGCUUCUGCCAGGUUGUUGAAGACUAUGCUGGAAGAUGGCAGGUUCCUUUGCCUCAGCUUCAGGUGCUUCAGACGGCGCUCUGUUGUUUCACAUCUGCCUGUGUGUCAUUCCCAGCUGAAUGUGAGCACGUACAAUAUGUAUUGAGUAGCCUAGCUUUGAGUUUUUUUGAAUUGCUGCUGUUCUUUGGAAAGGAUGAGUUCUAUGAAGAUCCUUUGAAAGAUAUUUUAGGUUCAAUCCAGGAAUGUCAGAACCUUCUCAGUAGAUACCGAAAUAUGAACCUGGAACUAGUAACUCGAAUCAUCCGAGAUGGUGGACCAUGGGAGGAUCCUGUAUUACAAGCAAUUCUUAAAGCAAAGCCUGUGUCACAGGAAUUAGUUAACAAAUAUUUAAGCUCUGAAAAUCCACUGUUCUUUGAACUGCGUGCCAGAUACCUUAUUGCCUGUGAACGCAUCCCUGAGGCAAUGGCUCUUAUCAAAUCUUGCAUAAAUCAUCCAGAUAUCAGUAAAGAUCUGUAUUUCCAUCAAGCUCUUUUCACCUGUCUUUAUAUGUCACCAUUAGAAGAUCAGCUAUUCCAGGAGCACUUGUUGAGGACUGAUUGCAAGAGUGGAAUUGAGAUCAUCUGCAACACUGAAAAAGAAGGGAAGACUACCUUAGCCUUACAGCUAUGUGAAUCGUUCCUAGUCCCUCAGCUUCAAAAUGGGGACAUGUAUUGUAUAUGGGACCUGAUCUUCAUUUGGAGCAAACUGCAGCUUAAAUCUAACCCAUCAAAACAAGUAUUUGUCGACCAGUGCUACCAGCUUUUAAGAAUCGCAACCAAUGUCAGAGUAAUUUUCCCUUUCAUGAAAGUCAUUAAGGAUGAAGUUGGUGAUGAUGGUCUUCAGAUAUGCGUUGAGAUAUGUGGUUGUGCCCUACAGUUGGACCUCCGUGAAGAUCCCACCAUGAAAAGUCUUAUUUAUAAAGCAAUUGCUCAUUUUCUGCCAAAUGACUUAGAGAUCCUCAGAAUUUGUGCUCUUUCAAUCUUUUUUCUUGAGCGCACCUUGGAAUCUUACUACACUGUUGAACAUUUAUAUAAAUGUGCAGAUGAAGAAUACAACGAGUGCACUAGUUCUGUUCAAAACCGUGUACGUUUUGAACUGCUUCCAAUUUUGAAAAAAGGUUUGUUUUUUGAUCCCGAGUUUUGGAAUUUCUUGAUGAUCAAGCAGAAUUGUUUAGCAUUGUUGGGGGAUAAAGCCUUCAUUAGCUUAAGUGAAAAUACACUGGAAAACUCUACUGCAAAUACAGAGAAGAUAACAGAGUAUAGGGCUCUGGGUGACGAGCGUGCUUGUUUAACAGAUGUUAGCAAUGGUGAGCUUGACCCGGAAGACGUCUCUGAAGCCCAGUCCAAAGGUAAUGCCAGAAAGAACGAUGAAGCUCUUGAGGCAUCUGAAAUGUUAGAUCAAACCGUACCAAGGCACCGCUGUGUGAUAUGCAACAAGGAGUUUCUUGGUGGUCACAUUGUAAAACAUGCACAAGCUCACCAAAAAAAGGGCAGUUUUUCCUGUGUACUUUGCACCAGAAAGUUCAGGCAAAAAGGACUUAUGCUGAAGCACUUGAAGAAUCACGUCAGGAAGAUAGAAAGGCAACAUCUUGCUGCAGUUAUUGAGGCUGGUCGGCGGGCUUCUGUUCUUAAUGAAGUAGAAUGUUCUGAUGUCACUCCCUCUCUUGAAAAUGGGAAUUCGGAUGGUUCCAAAGAUGACGAACCAGAGACUGCAAGAGCACCAAGUGCUGACCAAAUGGUCCAAGUGGAGGAGCAGAACACGGAACAGGUAUUUGCGGUGGGAAACCAUCUAAGUGACCAGGAUGAUGCUACUGAAAAUAGUAGUGACAGCUGUUUCAAUAAUGUUCCUGAUGCUUUAAGUACAGAAAGUUUGCCUGAAGACGAUGACAGCUCCAGUAAAGAGUCACCUAUUCUGCAUAAAGUGAAUGGAGCUUUUUGUCCUCAAAAAGAUGGUGAUGCUAUGGAUGAGGAAGGAAGCUUUAAGUGCCCUGCUAGUGGUUGUGCUAGAGUGUUUAAAAAGAUAAGAUUCCUCAAUAAACACGCGAGGAAAAGUCAUCCAACUGAUUUGAAGGUGCAGCAGCAUAUAAUGAAGUGGAAUAAAGGAAAAUGCCGUUUCUGUCAGAGAAAAUUUGCCGAUUCCCAACAUUUUAUAGACCACCUGAAGAGACACGUGUAUCCAAACGUUUACUUUUGUUUACACUUUAAUUGUAAUCAGAGAUUUAAGCUGUCAACUGAGCUUGCCGAGCAUACAAAAAGUCACAGUGUUUUUAAAGCGCAGUGCAAUUUUGCAGAGUGCUGCGAGCUGUUUGAGGAGCUCCCUUUGCUGUAUGAACACGAGGCUCAGCAUUAUUUAAAUAAAACACCAGAAUGUUCUGAAGAUGCAAGCGAAAAGGAGUCUUCAGAUGAUCCUUCAGAACUUUGUAGUUUCCAAGAUGAUGAUGAAUCCGUUAAUGAGAAGGAAACUGUCGAUUUACCAAUUCCAACUUGGAAGUCAAGGAAGGAUUCUACAGAACCAAAGACAUACAUUCAAAGUGUGGAGAAGAAGGCAAAUAAUGUCAUUCAUAAUGGAAAUGAAAGUUCAUCUGAGGGUAGCACUACAGUUUUAAGUUUGACAGACCAAAAGACAUCUGCGUUACAGCCAAAUUCUGAACACUGUAAUGCUGGUAGUGACCAACUCGUCAAUGGGCACAGCGACGUAGAUCAGACAUCAUCAAAGUCAUCAGAAAUAACUUUGGACAGAGUGGCAGAUGAAACAAGGACAGAAAAUGGGUCAGUGUUACCAGUGUUACAGAAUUGUACUGAUACACCACAAAAUAAUACUGCUGCCUCGCAAGUACCUUCUAAACCAAAUCCAACAACAGAGAAUACUUCAUAUGGUGUCAUCCUAACAAAGCCGUAUGUUAGGCCAUUGCCUCCAAGUUACCUUGAUGAACGCUACAUUAGCAUGCCAAAACGUAGAAAACUUUUGGCUGAUGAAGUAGAUGCUUAUUCUGAACAAGAUAAAAUUUGUAGCAAAUCAACAGAAAGAUUUAGAUGUGGCAACUGCUUGACCAUCUACUGUAAUUCAGAAGCACUUGAGGCUCACCUUGCACAAAAGAAGUGUCAGACGCUCUUUGGAUUCGAUUCAGAUGACGAAAGUGCCUGAUUCGAUGUUGUGGGAAAAUGCAUCAAGAGGAGUGGUGUAAGAAAACACUACAUGGAGAAGCAUCAGUUCGUUUCCCAGUUGGCCUUAAUCAUAAAGCAGUCUCAAAUUACUGAAGAAAAAUAUGACCUUGAUAAAGACAAAGCACAUUUUCUAAACAAAACUCACAGAGGAAUAAUAGGAGCUCUGCUGCAGGUCUUUAGUCCAGAAAGGUUGCUACAAAAUCCCCAAAGUACCAGUUAUCCGAAAAGCCACAUUCAUUCCAAAUGCGUGAUUGAAGCUUAGUGGCACAGUCUUUCUAGCAUGAAGGUUUAAGGAAAAUAAGGCAUACAGUUGAGCAGGCAGAGAAAGCAGAGGUGUUAAUUGCCUUAUGGAAAUAAAAGCAGCCGAUUCCAAAAGCUGCUUUAGUUGGAAAAUGUGUGGUUCAAGGGUACCCAUCCACAGAACUGGGAAGGAAUCAUUCAAGAAAGUGUUACAUUAGUAUACUAUGGAUAAGAAAUGUGUAGAAGAACUAUGCAUUCUCUUUUCAAAGUUUGAGUGUGUGAUUCCAUUAUCUGCUCCAAAGUACGGAGCUUAUUUAACAAACUUAUACUCAGAAUCCAAAAAGAGGAAUGUAGAAAGGAAUCUAAGAUGGAUGGAAUGCUCAAAUAGCCAAAAUCUUGAAGUACAGAGUGUGCAAGGAAAAGUCAAUUAAUGUGAUACUAAACGUGAAAGUUGUGCACAGAGGAAAUGAGAUGCCUGCAAGAGAAACCCUUUGCGAGGCUAUGGUAAAGGUGUGUGUUAAGUGUCCUGUAAAACAUCUGUUGUAGGUGCAGGAAGACUUAAUACAAGCAGUACAUGCACAGAUUGUGUGGAUGUCAACAGAAGAUUGAAACAAAUACAGACUGCGAAGGGGGUUAAGCUUGCAUUACAGAGCAGAGUUAAACUUCAUGCAAAUAUGGAGGUUCUUCAGCUGUCUGUAUGACCAAAAAGAGAUGGCUUCCUGUUUUAAAAAGGGAGGUGGGGAAAGGGCAGGCAAAAGCAGAGCACAUGUCCAGUUGGAAAAGAUCAGGAAGAGCCUGUUUCACAUGUGGUACUGCUUAAUGGUGGUAGAUUGCAACUCAGUACUGUAACUAAUUAUUUACUGUCUAGAGGAAGGGAGAAAACACAUACUGACUCAACCUUAAGACAUGUUAUGACCCUAUCUAAUAGCAUCUCUUGAAAAGAUAGCCUUUCCCAGAAGAAAGUGAAGGAGUUAGGCUUAACUGUUAAGCACUUUAUCCCAAAUUCACUGUUCAUAGAACCAAUCAGAAUGUGAAGACAGGAAAUUUGACUCAUUCAGCUCUAUAACACUGAAAACAGGACAUUUGGAAACCAAAAAGGUGCUGUUGUAGUUGUUGGUCUUUCCACCCCAACCAGAGGUGUGGCAAACGCGCAUGUUGUCUAAUUACUGUGUUGAUUUAAUUUAUCUUACCCUGUCUUGCCACCUGGAAAGGUUUCAUUUGGGAUCCUGUUCUCUGCGGGUGACUGCAAAAAUUAAUGUGACCAUAGACACGGAAAGCGUAGUGGUAAAACCUGGUGUGUACUGGCAGAGUCAUCACAGCAACGUAGGACAGCCAAAACCAACUAUUCCUGCUCAGCUAGUUUGCUUACCAAAUAGUUCAUCACCACGCUUGUAUGAUCAACUUGCUUAAAUCAACAGAUAUGUGAAAUCUAAUGAGCAAAAAAUCAAGAGGUACAUAAAAGAUCUGUUCAUUGUAGCAACGGCUCACACUUGCGAACCUAAGAGUUUCAUUGUAAAAUAGGCUGUUAAGUAGUUCUGGAACUUAAUAGUUCAGUAAUGCCUCUGCUAAUAAUCCUCUGUGAAAUUAAACAUAUUUGCAUUAAUUCUGCUUCCUUUUCCCCUCCUGGGAGGUAAAAAGAAUGCAAAUUCAAACGAAUAUUCUUCUGAAUGGUAGAACAUUCUUGCCUUAACUUUUGAGUUGGAUUAACAUACAAGGUUAUAAAAUUAUGAUCACAGGUAUGUGUGCAUUACAUUAAUACUGAUGACUGGCCCACUUUGAGAUUUGUGUGACAUUUGAGGCACCAAAGAAUUAUUUUUGCAGUUGCAAAAAACCUGACUUAAAUGCAUCAUUCAUUAUAUAUACGUAUAUACGCACACUCUAUAUAUUUACAUGUAUAAAUACAUUAAAAGUUUUUAAAACUUAAAAUUAAUGGGGACCUUAUCAGUCAAAUGCACUUUCACUUUUUUUUUUGCUUCCAAUUAAUUUUUAAGGAUGCAGUUAUAUUGAAUGUUCCCAGGGUCCCCUUUCUUUGCAUAACAUUGUUAAUUUAGUUAAAUUUGCUUAAAUAUAUUUGAAAUGGGAAACAAAAGGUUAAUUUUAAAGUAUUACAGUUUGAAGAAUCUGAAAACGCAGAGAAUAGAUAUUACAAACAUGUUUGUAUAAAGUCUUUUCAAUGUACCUUUAAUCUUUGGUGCUUUUUUGCCUUUUCCUGGAGCUCCAUGUGUUUGAAGAUGCUUUAAAACCAUGAUUUGAGACUUGUAUUUUCUUUAAGUGUGUAGAUACAUGCAUCUAUGUACAUGCAUAAACUGUGACCAUAAUUUUUUGUACCUGCAUUAAACUAAUUUUUGUUCAAAGAUGCUUUUCUUGGACACCACCAUUUGUUUAUGCUAUAUGUUCAGUAUGUACGCUUUGGAGAACUGGAAAACUGAACUCUUCCAUAGGUGGGCAUCAGCAUCACCUAACACCUGUCAGAAAUACACUGAAUUGACUUCAAGUAGCAAGUGGGUGGUAACGUUUUUGUUUUAAGUAAUGAUCUUUUACUUCAAAAGACAUUGCAUUUCAUACAAACUACUCUCUGAUACCUGUUGGUAUUCUCAGAUAGUUGCAGUAUUAAGCAACUUUGAUUAUGAGUGAAGAGAUACUUGUGUGGGUGAUAACUCUACAUGUUUUUAACAGUUCUUUAGUAUGUUGAGUAUUACCCUACAUUAAGCCUGAAACUUCUAGAGCUGAAAAAGGUUCCAGAUCUAAAAUGGAAAGGGUUUGUUUUACGCAGGCAUUAAGCAUUGGAAAUACUUCUUCAGGAUGUCACUGCGAUUCAAUAAAUACAGAAGUACAUGUGUAACGUAAGCAUGCAGAUCUCUUAAAGCUGCCUCAAGUUACACAUGAGCUCAGGAGCUUUGUUGGAUCCAAGUCUGUGCAUUUCAUUGCUGAUAACUGUAUUCUGAUAACAUUCCUCCAGGUGGCUGUAACUUGGAUUUAGACUUUCCUUUUAAGACUGUCUACUCUAACCCGAUCACAAUUCAAUGUAAAGGUCGUGUAAGUUCUGAUUUUCCAAGAGCUGCCGCUUGAUAGGCACCUUUCACAACGAAACAGAAGUCCUGAAAAUAGCUUGAAAGUGGUCAUAUCUGUGGGGAAAGGUCACUGGUACUUUGGUUAUUUAGCCAUAUUCAUUAAAACUCUAUAAAUUGUAUAGUUUGGAUAAUUUAUAACAUUAAACUUUGUGAUUUUAAUAUCACCUGGAAGGUUCAGCUGUACUCAUUUCUUUUACUGUUUUAACACCAGUGCUAUGGACACAAAGACUGAAAGGGGGUGGUAGUGUUACUAUUUUCUUAAUUUAUUUGGUACUGUAUAACACCUUUCUGAUUAAAUGCAAUGUAUGCAUUUUUGGGACUCUUAAUUUGUAAACGCUGUUACAGGUUCAGCAAGAAAGGAAAUUUGUGCUUCCUUGUUGAAUGUUAAAUUAUUUUACUUUGCAUUUUAUAUAAGAGUACAAAUUAAAACUGAGCCAUCAAACUGCAAUAAAUCAACAGUAGUGUUUCAUUUGAGAGACUUUUUUGUACUGUACAUAGAUUUGUUCAAUAAAACAUUGUCUUUGUUGUUGAUAGAAA